GCGGCGGCAUGGGCACCCGGCAGACCAAGGGCAGCCUGGCCGAGAGAGCCAGCCCCGGCGCGGCGCCCGGCCCCCGCCGCGAACGGCCCGACUUCUGGGCGUCGCUGCUGCUGCGCGCCGGGGACAAGGCGGGGCGCGCGGGCGCCGGCGCGGGGCUGCCCCCUUACCACCGGCGCGUCGGCAUGGUCCAGGAGCUGCUGCGGAUGGUGCGCCAGGGCCGGCGGGAGGAGGCGGGGACGCUGCUGCAGCACCUGCGCCAGGACCUGGGCAUGGAGUCGACCUCUCUAGACGACGUUUUGUACCGCUACGCCAGCUUCAGGAACCUGGUGGACCCAAUCACACACGACCUCAUCAUCAGCCUGGCCCGCUACAUCCACUGCCCCAAGCCGGAAGGUGAUGCGCUGGGCGCCAUGGAGAAGCUAUGCCGGCAGCUGACCUACCACCUAAGCCCCCACUCCCAGUGGAGGCGGCACCGGGGGCUGGUGAAGAGGAAGCCACAGGCCUGCCUCAAGGCUGUCCUGGCUGGAAGCCCUCCAGACAAUACCGUGGACCUGUCCGGCAUCCCGCUGACCUCCCGGGACCUGGAGCGAGUGACCAGCUACCUGCAGCGCUGUGGGGAGCAGGUGGACAGCGUAGAGCUGGGCUUCACGGGCCUCACUGACGACAUGGUCUUGCAGCUGCUGCCUGCGCUCAGCGCGCUGCCCCGCCUCACCACGCUGGCGCUCAACGGCAACCGGCUAACCCGGGCCCUGCUGCGUGACCUCACCGACACCCUCAAGGACCCCAGCAAGUUCCCCAACGUCACGUGGAUUGACCUGGGCAACAAUGUGGACAUCUUUUCAUUGCCCCAGCCCUUCCUGCUCAGCCUGCGCAAGCGCUCCCCGAAACAGGGCCACCUCCCCACCAUCCUGGAGCUGGGCGAGGGCCCCUGCAGUGGGGAGGAGGCCCGGGAUGGGACAGUAGACCAGGAGGACCCUGGGGGAGGCCCUCUGGAUCCUGCCAAAGACAACGACGGCAGGGAAACUGUAGGUACCGUUCAGACAUGACACAUAAGUGGGGGUCCUCACCAAGGAGUCCCAGUGGGGUAGGAAGACUGAGGCAGGCUAGGGGGGCCCCCCACCAGCAGCCUCAGGUUAUCACCCAAAAUUGGCCUGGGCACCCCCACUCACCAGAGCCAGACUGUAGCAUCUGGGAAGGGGGCUGUGCAAUACUGCUCCAGUCCUCUCCCUUCCCCCCCUUGUCCACCUCCUCUGCCUUUUGGCUCCUGAGAAGUCCUGUAUGGCUUGAGAGCAAGCAGCCCUCAAGUCCCCAGAUUUGUGAGUGGUCUUGUUUGGAGAUGAAUGCUUGAGCUACUGUGGGUCAGAACUUAACCCCAGGCAGGGAGUGUGAUUUUGGCCCUACAUCUAACCCAGUAUUUCCUGACGGAACCUUUUUUCUCUGCCCUAACCAGACCUUCACUAAGGUUUCAGUGUUCCAAGUCAGAGUACGUCCCUUGAAAAGGAUUUUAAAAAACCUUUUCCUGUUGCUUAUGGAGUCCCCCAGAAAGUCAUCAGGGAUACUAGGCUCACUCCCAAACCUUCUAAUAAAAAAACCCAAGACCAUGAAAAUGAGGUCAGACUUAAUACCUCUUGGCAGAUCUAGCACCUCCCAGCAAGACAGCCAGGAGAUGGGGAUGAACUGGGGGUUCCUUGAAUGGUUCUCCCAUCUCCCCCUUAAUACUACCAGCUAAAAAUCCCUUCUAGGCACAUUAAGCCCUAAAACCAAGGAAAAGACGAAGUCCAGGAAGACUGGAGACCAACCUUUUUUAACCUGAGAAAAUUUACAGAUGUCCAUGGUGGUGACCAGAACAUAGGCAAACGGCAGACAGUUGAGAAGCAUGGCCUCUCGCCCAGUGACAGGUAGGGGAGAUCCCAACUCAGGAAGGCACCAAGACGGGCUAGGUAUAAAGACUAUGGGGACCCUGCCUGCCACUGCCUGGGUGUUGGGGUGAAGCACAAUGCAGAGCUUCAGGAGGUAGGCAGCUAUGCAAAAGGACACAGUCCAAAGUGCUUUGCAACUGUUACCCUCAAGUCUGAAGUUGUUUGAGGGGAAACAGCUUAGGCUGACCUUGGAGAAAGUGACAAGUGCUAAUACCUUGACUGCUAAUGUGACAGCACUGACCACAUUUUUUUUCCUUCAAAUACACGUUUUUAAAAACCAGUA